CCGCCUGGAGGCGCUGCUGCACCGUAAAUGCUGGUUUCCAAUCGCAAUUGGACACCAACGAAGAAAAAAAAACAGGAAGUUAGCAAACGGUGCUACUUUUUUAUUUGUUUAGUUGUUAUUAUUAAUUUAUUAUUGUAAACUGCGCUUCAUAGUAUUUAUAUUUUGCAGAAAUUCCUAAUCCCAGGCAUUGAGAGAAUGGACGCUGCCAGCCGGAAAGACAAACCCAAACAGAAGGAGACGUCUGUACGAGGGGACAGAGCGAAACAGAAAUCUGCUCAGCAGGAGCUCAAGCAGAAACAGAGAGCAGAGAUCUAUGCCCUGAACAAAGUCAUGACGGAGCUCGAACAGCAGCAGUUUGAGGCGUUUUGCAAGCAGAUGCAGUCGCAACCAGAAUGAAGACGUGUUUAAAAGCAAAACCGACUGAUGAACUGCAACCCUACAGCAUCUUCCACACCACACUCCUCAUGUGCAGAGUCUUAUAUUCAGUUAUUCAAACAGCCAUUCAUGAGGCAGCAGUACAGUGCAUAAAAUCAUGCAGCUACACAUCAAGAGCUUCAGUUAAUGAUCAUAUCAAACAUCAGAAUGAUGUUCUGAUGUUGUAAAGAGUGAUUAUAUAAGUUACAGUAGACUUCCUGUCAGCUCAAACCGGUCUGGUCAUUCUCCUCUGAUCUCGCUCAUAAACCAGGUGUUUCAGCCCGGAGAUUCCUACGCACACUGGAUGUUUUUUGUUUUUUGCACCAUUCUCUGUAAUCUCUAGAGACUGUUGAGUGUGAAAAUCCGAGGAGAUCAGCAGUUUCUGAAAUACUCAAACCAGCCCAUCUGGCACCAACAUCCAUGCCACGGUUAAAGUCACAGAGGUCAUACUUUUUUAUUCUGAUGUUUGAUGUGAACAUAAACUGAAGCUCUUAACCUGUAUCUGUAUGAUUUUAUGCACUGUGCUGCUGCCACAUGAUUGGCUAGUUUGGAUAGUUGCCUAAAUGAGCAGGUGUACAGGUGUUCCUAUUAAAGUGGACAGUGAGUGUAUGCUGCAUGAGGGCAGUGCGUUCAGUCGAUGAUCAUUACAUUAGCAGUAUUUAUACUAAUGUUAUGGGUCAGUCCCAAAGCGAAAAGGUAUCAAUUGAUUCCGCACUGAAUCUCUGUUUAGUGUGAGAAGUGAUAGAAGCGACAUGGAGGAAAUGCAGAAUGUUAAAUAUUGGUGCUACUUUUCAACCUGUUACAUGUCUUAGUUUUUUUUAAGUACAGUUAUUUCCAGUGUUGAUUUGUUGUAUUAAAGGUUUUCGUCAGUUUACAGAGACUGCAUGGAAGACAGCAUGGACAAGGUUCUGGCUGUGCCAUGGCUCUCACUUGUGUUUCAUUCGUGUGUCACAGAGUUUUGACGUUUCACCGAUUACCACUGAUGUUAUUUAAUAAAUACAUUUUUUUAACAAGAA